AUGUUUCCAUUCAAUAUUGUAUUGCUUAUAAUAUUGAGUUCGACAGCAAUAGCUGCAGACGUUCAAAAUGAAGGCAUGAGCAGUGGAUUUUAUAAGUUUGGCGUUGACUUGUAUCAGCAAUGCUCCCAAUUUGAAUCUGGAAAUUUGGUAAUUUCACCAUUUUCAGUUGGAACAUCGCUAACUCUACUUUCUCAAGCAGCCAAUGGCACGACUUAUGAACAAUUGAGAAAACAUUUGUAUUUGAAUGGUGAAAAAUCUAUUGUAGCCGAUCAAUUUCGAAAGUACAUUGAAUUAAUUAAAAGAAGUGCUGGUCAAUCGGAACUGAUGAUUACAAAUCAAAUCUAUGUGGAAGAAAGAGUUCAACUGAAUCAAAAUUUUCAAAAAGUGGCUACAGAUGAAUUUGAUGCAGGCAUUGAAUCGGUAGAUUUUGUUAAUAAAAAUGACACGUUACAACUGAUCAAUAAUUUCAUAGAAGAGAAAACAAAGGGAAAAAUCAAACAAAUUAUUGAUGAUGAGAUGUUGACUGCAGAUACUCGAUUUGUUUUGGUAAAUGCAAUCUACUUAAAGAGCAUCUGGCUCCAACCAUUUCCACAACGCAAAAGAGAUGGUCAAUUCUAUGAUAUGAUAGAAAAGUUUUACAUCAGUGAAACCGAGACGGUUGAGGCAAAAUUCAUGAAAAUGAGUAAAGAAGUCUGGAUUGCUGAAUUACAUGAAUUAGAUAUCGCUGCAUUGAGACUUGACUAUUUAAAGUCGAAUUAUUCAUUCAUUAUUAUUCUACCAAACAAACGUACCGGAUUAUCUACGUUAGAAGCGCAAUUACAGAAAAUUAAUUUAUCAAAAAUUGUUGAACAAAUGAAAUUCAUAACAUAUAGAGUUGAAAUUCCGAAAUUCAAGGUCAAAACUAAAUUUCGUCUCAAUGAAAUUUUGAAAAAUAUGGGCAUUAAUGAAAUGUUUGAACCGUGGGCGAAUUUAAGUGGUCUUUUAAACACGAGAGAGCCAUUGUUUGUGAGCCAAGUUGUUCAUCAAGCUACCAUUGAAAUUAAUGAAAAACUCAUUGAAGCCGCUGCUGCAACAGGUUCCGCUUCAAGAGCAUUAAGUGGUACAGGAGUUUUCAGAGCUGAACAUCCGUUCAUGUAUUUUGUGUGGGACAGGGAAACCAGUACAACAAUUUUCAGCGGUUGCAUUAAAAAUUUUCCAACAAAUGCCACAUCAAAACAAUAA